UCUGAGAGCACUGGUGUGAGAGGCUGUUGGUUUCCUGGCUGCCCACAAGCAGUGAUAAUAUUUCCCAGCAAAUAAAGGAACUAAAAGUGUAACAGGAGCCAGGGAGGACAGGAAGUUUCUUUGGGGCUGUUUUGCAAGUUCAUACUGCUUCUGCAAAUUUGGAGGGACUUCUAAGUUUCUUACUGCACUUUAUGAGCUGACUUUAAAGCAGGGAUUCCAAAAGCUGAGGAAUUCGCUGAUAAAAUGGGGGACAAGACACACGAAGAUAAAGCACCUCUUGUUGAGGACACAAAAGUGAAGGUGCUCUUUGAAACUGAGGCAUCACUUGGACCUGAUGGCAAAGCUGAAUACUCUCUCACUGGGAGUAACUCCAUCUACUCUGCGAUUCUGAGCAGAAAUGAGGCUGUCAAGGAUGCCAAGCGUCUUAAGACUUUCUUGGAGCUACGAGAUAAAUAUGUGAGGAAGAAAGUGGUGUUUGAAGACCCUCUGUUCCCAGCAAAUGACUCCUCUCUCUUCUAUAGUCAUAAACCCUCAAUGAAGAUUGAGUGGAAACGUCCCUCGGAACUUUGUGAAGACCCCCAGUUUAUCAUAGAUGGAGCCAAAAGGACGGACAUCUGUCAAGGAAAAUUGGGUGACUGCUGGCUGCUGGCCGCCAUCGCCUGUCUGACAGUGAACGAGAAGCUGCUGUACAGAGUGAUUCCCCCGGAUCAGAGCUUCACUGAGAACUAUGCUGGGAUCUUUCACUUUCAGUUCUGGCGUUAUGGUGAAUGGAUUGAUGUAGUUGUAGACGACCGCAUCCCAACCUGCAACAACCAGCUGGUGUUUACCAAAUCUUUCAGGGAGAACGAGUUCUGGAGCGCUCUUCUGGAGAAAGCCUAUGCCAAGUUGCACGGGUGUUAUGAAGCUCUGAAAGGUGGAAACACUUUGGAAGCCAUGGAGGAUUUCACAGGAGGAGUCACUGAGUUCUUUGAGCUGUCAGAGUCGCCCAAAGAGCUGUACAAAAUCAUGAAGAAGGCGCUGGAGAGAGGCUCGCUGAUGGGCUGCUCCAUAGAUGUUUAUUCAGCCAGUGAAAUGGAGAGUCGGACUGAUCUGGGUCUGGUCAGAGGUCAUGCCUACUCCAUCAUAGACCUAGCGGAGUGUGACGAGGUUGGAAAGAAGACGAAAAUACGCCUGAUGCGUUUACGUAAUCCCUGGGGUUGGGUGCUGUGGAAGGGACCAUGGAGUCCAAAUUCAGAGGAGUGGUCGACUCUUUCCAUCGCAGACAGAGAAAAUCUUAAAAAACAAACUGUAGAGGCAAGUGAGUUUUGGAUGUCUUAUGAUGAUUUCAAGAAGAACUUCACAAAGCUGGAGAUGUGUAACCUGACCCCUGACACACUGCAGGGGGAUGAGAGAUGUACCUGGACCGUGUCAGUCAAUGAGGGUCGCUGGGUGAGAGGAAGCUCCGCAGGUGGCUGCAGGAACUUUCCAGACACAUUCUGGACAAACCCACAGUACCGACUGCAGCUGUUUGAAGAGGAUGAUGACCCAGAGGACGGGCAGGUUGCCUGCACGGUUGUUGUGGCUCUGAUGCAAAAAGGUCGGAGGAGGCUGCGCCACCAGGGGGCCAAAUUCCUCACCAUUGGAUUUUCCAUUUAUGAGGUACCAAAAGAGAUGCGUGGAAAGAACCAACAUCUGCAGAAGGACUUCUUCCUCUACACAGCAUCCAAAGCUAAAUGUAAAACCUACAUAAACCUUCGAGAGGUGACGGAUCGUUUCCGUCUGCCUCCAGGAGAGUACGUCAUUAUCCCUACAACCUUCGAAAAGCAUCAGGAAGGAGAGUUCCUCCUGAGGGUCUUCUCUGAGAAGCAGAGCACCUCUGAGGAGACUGAGAGCACAAUCGGAUCAGACCAAAUACAGCAAGGCAAGAAAAAGAAAGACAAGCCCAUUGUAUUUGUGUCAGACAGAGCCAAAGCCAACAAAGAAAUCGAGCACGACAGCAUUCUGGGGGAAAAGAAGAAAAAGCCAAAGCGUAAACUUCUUGAGCCAGAGGAGGAGACGGAAGAGGAAAAGCAGUUCAGAGCAAUUUUCCAGAAGAUUGCUGGUGAGGACAUGCAGAUCUGCGCCAGUGAACUCAAAACAGUCAUGAAGAACGUCCUCUCCAAACACAGUGAAAUAAAGAGCGAAGGUUUCAGCCUUGAAACAUGUCGGAGUAUGAUCGCACUUAUGGAUACUGACGGGACGGGAAAGCUGAGCCUGCAGGAGUUCAAACACUUGUGGAAAAAGAUCAAGGCUUGGCAGCUGAUCUUCAGACGUUACGAUAAAAACAAUACAUCCUCCAUCAGCAGUUUUGAGAUGAGGAACGCUGUUAAGGAAGCAGGGUUUCACCUAAACAACCAGUUAUAUGACAUCAUAGCCAUGCGCUACGCAGAUGAACAUCUCAACAUUGACUUCGACAGUUACAUCUGCUGUUUUGUGAGGCUAGAGGGCAUGUUCAGAGCCUUUAAUGCCUUUGAUAAAGACGGUGAUGGAAUAAUCAAACUCAAUGUCCUUGAGUGGCUUCAGCUGACCAUGUAUUCAUAAGUCCCCCUCUUGAACAUCGACCUGGCAGCAAAAUGUUGGUUCUCACAUUAAUGACUCAACUUCUGGAUGGAAUUUUUUUUCCUCUACAUUUUUUGGCACAGAUUUUACAAAUACAGCAAAAUCCAUGUCUUGACGUAAAAACGGCAGUCAGUGAUUUAUGCUGUUUUAUGUGGUAUUUAGGUUCACAAAGCCUAUGCUGGGUUAGAUUUGAUCUGCUGUUCUCACUUACUUUUUAGCCUGCUAUCCAGUCAUUAAUGCUUCUAACAGAAUGUGAUCAGCAUUACAAAGCAAGAGUGUAAAUUAAUAUUUUGAUUGUCUCAUUGGGUAAAUAAAAUGUACUGUAUGUUUCUGAAAUACAGCAAGUGA